CUUCCCCGCCUCUAAAUGCAUAAACGCUCUCUGAUUGGUCCGUUUUCCCCCAUUGCUUCGCUCGAAACGGCUCCUGAUUGGGUGUCGCUCGGUCGUCAGCCGAGAAGCAUCUGCGGCUCGCGCUGUGCCAGCUGUCCUUGCGCACUCUCCUGGUGGUCGGACCGACAGACGGGAGCUCCGGCGGAGGAGGACGGUGUCGGAAUCCACAAGGAUAGACGGAUUAUGGCUGCAAACAUGGGCUCCAUGCGUAUCCUCAUCAAGGGAGGAAAGGUCGUCAAUGAUGACUUCACACAGGAAGCAGAUGUUUACAUCGAGAACGGCAUCAUACAACAGGUUGGAAAGGAGCUGAUGAUACCAGGUGGAGCUAAGGUGAUAGAUGCUUCUGGAAAGCUGGUGUUACCAGGUGGAAUCGACACCUGUGUGCACUUGCAGGACACGUUUAUGAACGCCAGCAUCCAGGACGACUUCUACAGCGGGACCAAGGCGGCUCUGAUGGGUGGUACCACCAUGGUGAUGGGUCUGGUCCUGCCCGAGCAACACUGCUCCCUGGUGGAUGCUUAUGAGAAGUGUCGCGCUCUGGCUGACGCCAAAGCAUGCUGCGACUACGCGCUGCAUGUUGGGGUGACCUGGUGGGGACCCAAGGUCCACAAUGAGAUGGAGAGCCUGGUGAGGGAGCAUGGAGUGAACUCCUUCCAGAUGUUCAUGGCCUACAAAGACAUGAUGAUGCUGCGGGAUUCAGAGCUUUAUCAGUCACUCCAGACCUGCAAGGACAUCGGGGCCAUUGCACGUGUGCACGCUGAAAAUGGAGAGCUCGUGGCAGAGGGUGCCAAAGAGGCUCUGGAUUUGGGAAUCUCUGGACCAGAAGGAAUAGAGAUAAGUCGACCAGAGGAGCUUGAGUCUGAGGCCACUCACAGGGCCAUCACAAUCGCUAACAGGGCCCGCUGUCCCAUCUACCUUGUGAAUGUGUCCAGUAUGCUGGCUGGAGACAUGAUUGCUGCUGCUAAGAUGCAGGGUAAGGUGGUCCACGCUGAAACCACAGUGGCUCACGCUGUACUGAACGGCAACCAGUAUUACCACCACGACUGGGCCCACGCCGCUGCUCAUGUCAUCGUCCCUCCGUUACGCCUGGACCCCAACACACCUAGCUACCUCAUGGGCCUGCUGGGAAAUGACACUCUGAGCGUCGUGGCUUCAGAGCACCGUCCGUUCAGCACCAAGCAGAGAGCUUUGGGCAAAGAAGAUUUCUCUAAGAUCCCUCAUGGAGUGGCUGGGGUCCAGGACAGGAUGAGUGUCAUUUGGGAACGAGGCGUGGUUACAGGAAAAAUGGAUGAGAAUCGUUUUGUUGCUGUGACCAGCUCUAACGCAGCGAAGAUCUACAACCUGUACCCACGCAAAGGACGCAUCAUCCCCGGAGCCGACGCUGACGUGGUGGUCUGGGACCCUGAUGCAGCAAGGACGAUCUCCGUGAGCACCCAGGUGCAGGGUGGAGACUUCAACCUGUACGAGGGCAUGCGCUGUCACGGCGUGCCUCUGGUCACCAUCAGCCGAGGACGUUUGGUGUGUGAGAACGGCGUGUUCAUGUGCGCCGAAGGAUCCGGGAAGUUCUACCCGCAACGCACUUUCCCCGACUACCUCUAUAAGAAGAUGGUCCAGAGAGAAAAGAACCAGGCCUAUAAAGGAGUAGAAAGGGAUCCGUACUCUGGUGAUGUGGCCAAGGUUGCAAACACAAUGAAGAAGGAGCUCGGUUUGGGUCCCAUCGACGGAGACUCCCCCAACAAACCCCCUGUUCGGGUGCACCAGGGGGUCCGAGACCUCCACGAGUCCUCCUUUAGUCUGUCAGGUUCUCAAGUUGACGACCACAUCCCCAAGAGGUCCUCUGCUCGGAUCCUGGCUCCUCCCGGCGGCCGCUCCAGUGGUAUUUGGUAACCUGUGGUGCUGGAGAUGAAACCGUUUCGACCUCUUGUGUUUUUGUUAUAUUUCCCAGCGACCAGGAAAACUGCACUGAUUUUAAACAACAGGGUUUAAAAAGGGCAAAACAAAUUCAAAUAUAAGUCUGACCGAUUUAUUAAUUAGUGGUUUGCAAAGGUGACUUUUAAAAAGUUGAUUUGUGGUUAACUGGUGUGAACUGCUCAAUAACAUAAGAUUAAAAGGGCUCUCUUGGAACUUAAAACGUGUUUUCCAAAAUCUAGCUCAUUUUAAUAACAUAAUUUGGCGGUGCUUGUGAGCCUUGUCACAUUUUAACCAGUGAAAGAUCAAAACCAGUACAGUUUUUAUGGUUCGGAACAACGUUACGGUGACAGAGUCAUUUAAAAUAAACGGAUUCCAACCUGUCACUGACCGACACUGUAGGCACCACAGCGUUAUAGUUUCUCGUGAUGAUGUGUGUGGAUCCUGUUUGUGAUUGAACGACCCCCCCCUGCGCUCGGCCUCCUGCUGCUCCAUCGACUCCACUGAGUUAUUGUUUUUGUUUCCAGUGGACAAACAGUUCUGUGUGGUGAUGAAAUCCAACUGCUUCUAACACUCUGUCCAUCUGCAUUUAUACUUCCACUGCCUCCAACCGAACCAGCGCAUGUCCUUUAAACACCCGGCCUCACCUGGAACGCCACAAGCUUUCUGGGAUUAAAACUUUGGUCCAGGUUGUGGUUUCACAAAAGCUAAAUGUUGGCAUUGCUCUUAUCAGUCGCAUGGUUUCUAUUGACCUUGCAGAGUAUCUAAAGGGAAAACAAAGAGAACAGAAGUAUAGUUUUGUUUCUGGGUUAAAUAGUUUCUGUUGUCACUGUUUUUUUUUUUUUGUCAACCAGAUUAUGACAAUGGAGUUUAUUGUAAUUCACAUGAAUAGAGGGGGAAUGCAGUCCCUUCUCAUUCCAGAGAGAUUACUUUGAGCCAUCUGAGGGUAAACAAUAAACAAAGGAGCCUCGUUUAUCAUACCAUGCUCUAAUAAAGAUCAGAAAUACAACAAUUCCUUCUUAAUAUUUCCUGCAAAGGUUUUUUUUUUUUAACACGUGCAAGUGUUUUUACAACAUCUCAAAUGUCUCUAGUAGGAAUUAGUCUAGAUUUGUUUACACAUUUUUUACCACUGGCAGCUUGUUUAUUGCAUAAUUCUGUGGUUUGACACAAUUUGUAACUUCUUGUUUAUGCAUUUAAUAUAAAUUAGGUCACAAAUGUCAUGCUGAGAGUUCAUAAUGUAAUCAAGGAUAAUGUGAGGUUGUUAUUAUAGCAGAAAGGUUGAGCUGCACAGGCUGAAAGCUGAAGAAAACCACUGACCCUCUCCCCUCCUGGCGACGCCCCACUCCUGCCUACCAGUAUCAUAUUUAUGCAUAGUCACGUUCUCAUAUGUGGUCACCCUAUACAUUUUUAAAAAAUUGUUUUUAUUUUGUGAAAAGAUUUAAUGUGCCAAUGGGAAUCACCUGUGCCACACUGUUAACAAUGCAUGGAGAGAACCACUUAAACAGACACAGUGAAGUCUCCAUCUAAAGCCACAGGUUCAUAAAAACUGGUGCUUUUUUCUAGGAUUGUUUACAGCCGUUAUCGUAUUGUCAGACAUUUCUGUGUUCUGUGACGGGCACUGUGAUUCAGUGGUUGUGUUUGUGGAGUGGUGUUGGAAAGUGAACCUGUUAAAUCUGUAAGCAGCUGCUUGUUUCUUACCACAAGAAUAACAGUAACUGAAUAAAGAUGAAAAAAAAAA